GCGGCGCGGCGAGCGCAGGAAUGCGCGUUACGGUUAAAUAGUGGGGGCGCAGGGGCGGCCGCCGCGGGCGGGCGGCGGCGGCUCGGGGUGCUGGAAGAGCCUCCAUGGCGCGGCGCAGCUCCCGGGGCGGCGGCACCAGCAGCAGAGGCGGCGCGGCGCUGUUGUGACAGCGGCGGGGACUGGCCUUCUUCCAGCCCCGCUCCCGAGUGGGAGCCCCGCGCCGGUGUCCCGGGGGCGCGGCGGCGGCGCUCACAGAGAGGAGCCGUGGCGGCGGCAGCGGCGGCCGAGGGCAGCCGGCGUGUCACCGCCUCUAUGAUGAAAUUCAAGCCGAAUCAGACGCGGACGUACGACCGGGAGGGCUACAAGAAGCGGGCGGCGUGCCUGUGCUUCCGCAGCGAGCGGGAGGACGAGGUGCUGUUGGUGAGCAGUAGCCGAUAUCCAGAUCAGUGGAUUGUACCAGGUGGAGGAAUGGAACCAGAAGAAGAGCCAGGGGGAGCAGCCGUGAGAGAGGUGUAUGAAGAGGCUGGAGUAAAGGGAAAACUAGGCAGACUACUUGGGAUAUUUGAGCAGAACCAGGAUCGGAAGCAUAGGACAUACGUUUAUGUUCUUACUGUGACGGAAAUACUGGAAGACUGGGAGGAUUCAGUUAAUAUAGGAUCUAUCCAACUGUACCUCCUCUGUAUCCAGCCAAAACAGGUCGAGGUAGACUGCUACCUCACAUGUGAAGUUUAUUCUGGGUAAAGCUCAUUCUCUUAUACAACAUUUGAACCUUUGUAAAUAGUCCAGCUAGUAAAUAGUGAGUGUAAAAUGGAAAAUAAAUGUAAUUUAAACAUUUUGUUACUCAAUACACAAAUGGUUAACUUCUACUUUUUUAACACAAAUUGUGUAAAAUGCUGCUAUGAAUUUUUUUGUGCUGUUACACUUUUUUAGGGAAGAAAUCUUGUUGCCACAAGUUACUCCUAGAAAAACAAUCUUGUGCCGUAUGUAAAUGCAGUGAAACUAGGGAGACAGAUGAUCUGAUCUCUUAAUGCUGCUCUCUUUGAAGAGGCAUAAAUACUACUGACACGAGGCAUGAGCCACGAAGUUGAAGACUUCUGAAACGGGUUAGGACACUGGUUUCCAUCCCUCUUAGCUCCUAGUCCAGGUCACUCCCAGAACUGGAAAGAGCACACAAGAGUUCAGGUGCACCUAAAGGUGGAAGUACUGCCAACAGCUUUUCCAUCCUUCCAGCGAUGAGGUGGGAGGCUCAGGAAGGAGCAUUGCUAUUUCAUUAGUGCACACGUGGGGUAUACCUGCUUUACACUGAAAUUCCAGACUGGGACACCAUUUGCUCAGAUCACUGCUUUAAACUGAAUGGUCUUUCAAAUGCACUGUUUUGCUAGGUGAAACAGGAGAAGGUGGGGUUGAGCAUGAUGUGAAUGUCUAAUCUUUGUUAAAAUUAUACUGAUGGUGUGGAAGGGUACCUCUGGCUCCAAAGCUGCCUUUAAAAGAAGGAAUCAUUCAGCUCCCUUUUUUGAUGACUAAUGCUCACUUUUUUGUUCAGUAGUUAUUUUAACUUUAAAUUGAGCAAACUUGUAUAGGUUUUYUUGCAACAAGAUUAUAUCAGAGCUAAAACAGAAUCCAGAGUUUGAGUUCCUACUCAUUAAAAAAAACUGCUCUGUCUACGUUUCAGAUUCUUGGAAUGAAAUCUAGGCUUAAAUGAGAUUUAGUGGUAAUGCAUGAUUUAAAUUUGUAACUCUUGAAUUAUGUAUUUGAUAAUAAUGUAAAAUGUACAGUAUUGCUGUUGCUAACAGACUCAGAGUUGAUUACCUAUCAAUAUUUUGGUCUCACACAUUUGAGCUGUUCAGUAGUGCCAUACAGAUUUUUUUUUUAACAGCAUUUGUUGUAUAAAUCUCUUCAGUCUCUAUGCAACCUUCAGAAUGAAGCUCUGUUGCUUGGUUUGACUUCUACUCCCUUUCAAAGAGAAGUGUUUUGUAAAUUGCAAAUGUAAACUGAAGAUACUUCAGUUUUGCUACAGGAACAACUGUAGUAAAGGGACAGCAGUAUGGCUUCAGUACUAAUGAAAUCUGACACUCAACUCCAACAGAAAAGAUUGUAAAAACUGGAUAGGAAGGCUACAGUUUUUUCUACUGCCUAUCAAGUGUAGAAGCAUUUUGUUUUUACAUUAAUCUCUCUUUAGAUGGGCCAAACCUAUUUCAAACAGARCAAAUCUAGGAUUUUUCUCUGUACAGAAUUUUUGGCAUAUGUAUCCAGAUUUGGUUCUCCAGUGGAGAAAGGGAAGAGACAAGUUGUCAUCUGCAAUUGUCAGAAUCUAGUUUGUGCUGUGCUUUUCCUGGCUGAUAGGUUUUGAGAUUCUCAUGAGUUAGAUGAUGGUGGUGUCAAAGAAAAAGAGCCUUAAAGUUUAAAAUCACAUGGAGCCAGAAUUAAGCAAAAUGGAUGUGCUUUUAUACACAAGAAAUCCUGAGGUAUUGCAGAGAGGCUGUUCAAGAGAAAAAUCUUCUUUUGGUGCUUACUGCACCCCAGACUUAGCCUAGCAUUGUUAACAAUGUGCUGUGAAAAAAAAAACCACGAGGGGCAGAUACUUGGUUUACWUACCAACAUGGUUUGUGAAGUGAAAUUUGAAAGAUGGGGGCUGGGGGGGGGAAGGAAACUAAGUUGUAAACAUUUUGACCUGCUUGCAUGGAUUUUCUUUAAAGAUUGAUGUAAGAAUUUUGACUUUUUAUAUUUGAGAAAUACCAGAAUAAAAUCUAAAUUAGUCCUGUGGAUGAUGUAGUCAUUCUAUUGCAUGUACUGCACCAGAAGUGACUAUGCAAAAGUCACUAAACUACACC